AGACCGUAGAAGAUCAAAACGGUCUUCAAGAUCUUCUCCCCUUUCACAAGAAAGAGGCGCAGUCUAGCAAUAUCUUAUCCUGCGCACCCAAUUCCAACCAGUGGAGAAGAAAAAAUGUCGAGCUUGAAAACAGAUUCUCCAAUCUCUCGUCGAAUUGUCCUCGCUUUCCUCGAUUUCCUCAAUUCAGUUGAACCUGCUCCUGGUGUUGAUAUUGAGGGUCUUGAGGUUGUUAAGGAAUGCUUGGAAGAGGUUUUUAAGCUCAAUUCAUCUUCUGUUGAUGAUCGAACACGACCUGGUUUAUUGGUUGACAUGUUCAGUUCAGCAGAUGCUAAUAAACAGCAUGAUACCCAAAUGGAUUUGGGUCAUGCGGCAGUGUCAGUGGACACGCCCAGUACAACAACAGCCCAAAAAACUGUGAAUGGAAAUCUUUCAGAGGCAUCAAAAUCACUGAAUGAUGAGUGGACUGGAGAUCCCCAUAUUUUAGGGGUUUCAAAAGAUGAACUGUUUGGGAAAUUCUGUGGUGCGCUUGAGAGGAUACAUUUUUUCAAGACAACAUCUUCUGGAGAUGAUGACCAUGAACAACUGGCUAAGGCAAAACGCCUGUUCGAUGAAGCUUUAGUGGAAAUGGAAAAGUCUGGAUGCCAAACAGCUAAUCUGAACAAUCUGGCGGAGGCAUUAAAAUCACAAGGUAACCAUGCGAUGCAGUCAAAGUUAUACUCUGAUGCUCUUGAGUUGUAUACUUGUGCUAUAUCACUCUGCGAGAAUAAUGCAGUGUACUACUGUAACAGGGCAGCAGCUUACACCCAGGUCCAUAAAUACAGUGAAGCGAUUGCAGAUUGUAAUAAAUCGAUUGAAAUUGAUCCAAACUACAGCAAGGCAUACAGCCGUCUGGGCCUGGCUUAUUAUGCACAAGGGAACUACAAUGAUGCGAUACACAAAGGCUUUCUCAAAGCUUUGCAGUUGGAUCCAAACAGUACUUCCAUCCAGGAAAACAUUCGGGUGGCUGAGCAAAAGUUGAGAGAAGAGUUGCAAUGGCAGGAAAGAGAUCAGAAUGCGGGGCCCAGUCACACACAAGAACCAAAUAACCAAUCUCAAGGUUCUUCAAGGAACCGUGGACCACCGCCUUUCUCAUCCAUGCCAUUCAAUGCUGGGUUACCUUCUGAUUUUGCGAACAUGAUCAUGAACAUGGCAGCAAAUGCACACCCGGGCCAGCACACUCGUGACAGACCACAGAAUAACAACCCAGAUGGGCCCCAUGAACCUGAAAUAAGGAUCGAUGGGAACAUAAGCUUGAAUUUCGGAGAAGAGGUGCCUGAGGAGCUAUCAGGAACACUGAGAUCGGUGAUGGAGAUGCUUACUUCGCCCAAUGGGCCACACGGGGACAUGCAUAGAGGUUCAACACCAAACUAACGAGUCAUGAGCACUGUAUUACUUAACAGAAUCUGUUUUCGGUUCAGUUUUAUUGUCUUUUUCUAAUACUUUUGCAUUUGGACCCUUGAAAGUUUUAGAAAAUGGUGCAACCCAUGUCUUUGGAAAUGGACUCAUGAACCACCUGGAA